CUGUAUCUGCUUCCCCUCUCCGCGAUGUGACUGCGCUUUGGCCUUCGGGGGAAUCUGUUUGGGGUGCUGGGCUCUGCAGGAGGGGAUUCACGCUCUUCUCCCUGUGCUGUUUUACCCAGAGGAGCGGGCUCUGGCCGUGCCGCACGCUUCACCAUGUAAACCUGCCCGGCCUCGCAGAUGCCAGCUGUCAGCACAGCCCUGGACCUGCAGAACGGUGUAUGGGAGAAUGGUAGAGAGCCCGUAAGACCAUGCUCUACACCAUGACAUGUUGGCUCCCGGUCCUGGUCCUCCACCUUGUCCUCCUGAGCCCGCUGCGGGUGGCAGCCUGCCCUGCCCGCUGCGAGUGUGCCCCGCAGAUCAAGUCGGUGGUGUGUCACCGCAAGCGGCUCACCGCCAUCCCCGAGGGCAUCCCCACCGAGACCAAGAUCCUGGAGCUCAACAAGAACCGCAUCCGCUGCCUGAACCCAGGGGACCUCUCUCCGUACCCCUUGCUGGAGGAGCUGGACUUCAGCGAGAACAUCAUCACCAACGUGGAGCCGGGCGCCUUCAGCAACCUGUUCAACCUGCAGACCCUGCGGCUGCGGGGGAACCAGCUCAAGCUUAUCCCCCCAGGGGUCUUCACCAAGCUGACCAACCUCACCCUCCUGGACAUCAGCGAGAACAAACUCGUCAUCCUUCUGGACUACAUGUUCCAGGACCUGCGGAACCUGAAGAGCCUGGAGGUGGGUGAUAACGACUUGGUGUACAUCUCCCAACGUGCUUUCUCGGGGCUGCUCGGCCUGGAGCAGCUGACCAUCGAGAAGUGCAACCUGACCUCCAUCUCGGCCGAGUCACUCUCCUACCUCCAGAACCUCGAGGUGCUGCGGCUCCGGCACCUCAGCAUCUCUGCGCUGGAGGAGCAGAACUUCAAGAAGCUCUACAACCUCCUGCAGCUGGAGAUCGACAACUGGCCGCUGCUGGAAGACAUCUCCCCCACCAGCUUCCAGGGCCUGAACCUCACCUCGCUCUCCAUCACCUACACCAACAUCACAGCCGUGCCCACCGCUGCCUUGAGGAACCUGGUAUACCUCCGCUACCUGAACCUGUCCUACAACCCCAUUAGCACUGUGCUGAAGGGCUCCUUUAAAGACCUCAUCCGGCUCCAGGAGCUGCAUAUCGUGGGCGCUCUCUUGGUGUCCGUGGAGCCGCAGGCCUUCACCGGUCUGAGACAAAUCCGGCUGCUCAACCUCUCCAGCAACUUUCUCUCCACACUGGAGGAGAGCACCUUCCACUCUGUCAACACACUGGAGACGCUGCGGGUGGACAGGAACCCCUUGGCCUGCGACUGCCGCCUCCUCUGGAUCCUACAGCGACGGAAGACGCUCAACUUUGAUGGCCAACAGCCCAUGUGUUCCACACCGCCCGAAAUCCAAGGGAACGCUCUGCGUGACUUCCCUGACUCCGUGCUCUUCGAGUACUUCACCUGCCAGAAGCCCAAGAUCAGGGAUCGGAAGCUGCAGCACGUGACAGCCCGCGAAGGGCAAUCCGUGUCCUUCCUGUGCCGGGCAGACGGGGAGCCGGAGCCCUCCAUCGUCUGGGUGUCCCCUCAGCACCGCAUGAUCACCACGCGCAGCACAGGACGAGCAAUUGUGCUGCCGGGGGGCACCCUGGAGAUCCGCUUUGCCCAAGUGCAGGACAGCGGCACCUACAUCUGCAUUGCCAGCAACGCGGGGGGCAACGAUACCUAUUUUGCCACUCUGACAGUCAAGGGACACCCAACCGACGGCUCCUCCUACGCCAACCGGACUUUGUACCUCAAUGAGUUCAACGACACCUACCACAACGACACGCAGGUCUUCUUGAAGUUCACUCUGGAUCUCAAGACCAUCCUGGUGUCCACGGCCAUGGGCUGCAUCACCUUCCUCGGCGUGGUCCUCUUCUGCUUCCUGCUCCUCUUCGUUUGGAGCCGGGGCCGAGGGCAGCACAAGAACAAUUUUUCCGUGGAGUACUCCUUCAGGAAGGUGGACGGACCCACCACCACCACAGGCCAAGGAGGAGCCAGGAAGUUCAACAUGAAGAUGAUCUGAUCAUCUCCAAAGGAAAACCAUUGGCUGCGGCCCGGCCCCAGGCACGACUGUGGCACAAUGGGGCCGGGGGGCACAGGGGCAUCAGCGAUGUCCUGGGGCAUUAACAGGGCCAGCACCAUGGUCAGGGACCGAGGGCAGUUGGACUAGAAGAUCUUGGAGGUCUUUUCCGACCUUGAUGAUUCUGUGGUUGGAUGACCCAGCUGGCCCCAGCCCCGCGGUGACCCCACAAGUGGCCCAGGGGCCAUCCCAGCUCCCGAUGUAGCUGAAGUUUCUGCUACCAACUAUGCAUUUCUCAAUGAGAUCAGCAGCGUUUCGGCCUGGGAAACAAACAAACAAACAACCCUGUUUCCUUCCCCCCCUCCCUUUUCCCUUUUUAUGGUUUUUUUGUUGUUUUUAAGAGACUUAAGAAAACUUUCUCGGUGUCGUUUAUGGUUGUUCUCUUCUUUUUUUCUUUUUUUUUCCUCCGACACUUUCUUAAAAUGAAUUUCCAAAAGAAAAGUCUUCCAGUGCAACACAGGACCGGGGAGCAGCACUGGGGUAUCCCAAACCACUCCCUCUGGGCACAGCCGGACCCCGAGGCACAGCCACGCUAUGGGACCUUCACCUGGGUGACUCCAGCACAGGGCAGCUCAACCGUGCGGGCUGGGGGUGCUACUGCACAAGCAAUAAUGAUCCACACCUGCAGAGGUCGGUGCUGGGGCGUGAGCAGAAAGAAGUGGAAAAAUGAGGCAACAGGCAUUAAAAUUUGGAGGAGCAGCCCUGCAGUGAGGCUGUAGCCGGGGUUGGGGUUGACCUGUUGACAGCUGCAGGGUGGUGGGGUUGUUCUCCUAUGAGUGCAAAAAGCAGCUUUGGGUGAAUGCAGGGCAUUUUCUUCAGCUUGCAAAUUGAAGGCUGCAGGACAGAAGGAGCUGGUUCAUUCUACAUGGGGAAGGCAAAAAGAAAAAAAAGACAGGAGAGAAGAAAAAAAAGGAUCUGGAGCUGAGGAACCGAUGGGAAAAGCAACCCCAGAGAGAAAGUCCUGGAUGCUGCUGCUGCAGCUGAAAGGGGCAGGAAGGUCCUGGCUGUGUGUGCGCACAUGUGUGUGCAUGUGCAGAGCGUGGGUGCAUGCACAGCACCCAUGCAGGUUCCUCCACUGCUCAUUUCCCCACUUCCCAUUGCAGCCAUGCUCCAGCAGCUCCUGUUCACCAUUGGGAGCCCCCAUGGAGGACAACAGGGCAGUGACGCACUGGCUCCCACCGUGCUGGGGAUGGCACGGUCAGUCUGAGUGCUCCAGUCCCACUUCUUCCUCUCACCCUUUUCCGCACUCUUCUCAUCCUCAGAUCCCACAUCCCUCCGUGGUGCGGACUCACUGCCAGGGGGACAGUCCCCAGCGUCAUGAUCCUUGUCCUGUUGGCUCUUCCGCCUCUGCUUGGCCUCGGGUUGUAAUUUUGGGCUGAGAAAAGGAGCAGUGGAGAGGACAGCCUGGGUGGGAGGUGGGCACAGAGGGGCCAUCCCCCUCCCCAUUCCUGUGGGCACAUCCCACGGGGUGUCCCUUCUCCCUGGGGACAUGCCCAAGAUCCCAACUCCUGCUGGAGUUAUGGAAUCCCCUAGCCUCUGGGGCUGUGUUUUGGACACAAAGCCCCCCAGGCUGCUCCUACACCUUUCCCUGACCGUGUUUUGGGGGUGCGGGGGGGGACACCCAUCUCACCCUGUCAUCCUUCCAUGGGUCCCAUCGCAUGCCGGGUGCCCCCGUGCUCCGCGCACUGUGCAUGCCGCCUCGUGUUGGGGUCCCCCCCGUGUCACCCCGCUCGGUGUCGGGGUUGAUUUUUACCUGGGAGGGGGGGGAGGAGGAGUCGGGCACAAAUCCUUGCAGCCGGGAACCUCCUGCCAUGUGCAAAGGAAGGUUUGGGCGGUGCAGACCUGCGCAGUUUUAUAUGUGAUGAGCAUGUGAAAUAUAUAUUUUUGGGAGGGGAAGGAAA